AUAAUACUUUAUUUGAUUACAAUGAAUCCAUUAAGACAUGAUUUAUUGAAACGAGUAAAUAUAAAAUAACACAUAUAUUUCAACUAAUCCAUUUUCGAAAAAGAACUGCUACAUUGGGUAUUUGAAUAACAAAAAUGAAGAAAGCGGAAGUGACCGAUUGUUCAUGUACAGCGACGAACAAGAUGGCGACCGGCUGAAUCUCGGGGACGUGUUUUGGAGUUUUGUUGCGGUGCUUGCAGCCGAAGCCGAGCUGGAGUUCCGGCGGACAUGCGGCGCAGAUGCCUCGCGUGAACCGGACGACGCUGCUGUGGCUGCUGGUCGCGAGCAGCCUAAUUUUUCUGCUUUUCCAGCUCCGCUACUACCGGAACUACGCAAGCGAGACUGGGCCGCACAUCCUGAGACGCACGCCUGGUCACAUGACCGCCAGUGACAUCCAAUGGCAAAGCAUGAAGACGUUCCUGCGUUUGUCGCGGCGUUUCCAACUGCCGCUGUUCCUGGCCGACCCCACCCUGCUCGGGCUCCUGACGCAGGACGCCUUGCUGGAGCGCGAGCGGUCGCUGCGCGAGGCUCACUGCAGCUUCCUGUGCAGCGGCCGAGCGGUGGCGUCCUUCGGCCUGCUGGCCAAUGCGUGGACCUACAACGCCGCCUUCCGAUUGGCCGCCGAGGAGAAAGGCUUUGAGCUGCUGGAGGUGCGAGGGGAAGACCCUCGAUUGGCCAGUUUGGACCUCCUGUCAGGGGAGGACAUCCCCCUGCACCUCCUGCUCCGCCUCCAUGGCUAUAUCAUCCAGGUGGUCUUCCUGUAUGAGCGUAGCGGCAACUACUUGUGGCACGGUCCGCUGCGCCUCAAAACCAACGCGGACCACGGCUUUGCGCCCUUCGCGCAGAUGGACUUCGGACGCCACGCAGGCGCCUAUGACAGGCCCCAGCUGAUACUGACGGUCGUGGACGGUCUGGAUAUCGCCAUCCCUCUGAACAUUUCCGGCUUCCUGGCUCAGCAUCGGCGCGCUCGCUUUCUGGAGUGCCGAUACAGAGACGCGCGACGGUUUCUGCGGCUCUACCCUGACGACUCAUCUCCCGAGGCGCUGGAUUUUCGUAACAAAGCCAAGUCUUUGCUUCAGGUGGCCGCCAAAACCCUCGCACGUCUGCACGUUCCCUUCUGGAUCAGCAGCGGCACCUGCUUGGGCUGGUUCAGGCAGUGCAGCUUCAUUACGUACAGCCGCGACGUGGACAUUGGGAUUUUCAUCAGCGACUAUCGCCCUGAUAUCAUUGCGGCCUUCCUGGAUGCCGGACUAUCACUCAAACACAAGUUUGGGAAGGUGGAGGACAGUCUGGAAUUGUCCUUUGUGAUGGAUGGUGUCAAGCUGGACAUCUUCUUCUUCUAUGAAGAUGGUGACCUGAUCUGGAACGGCGGCACGCAGGCCAAGAGUGGCAGGAAGUUCAAGUACAUAUUCCCUCGCUUCUCGCUGUGCUGGGCUGAGCUGGCGGAGGUCCGAGUGGGAGUCCCGUGCGAGACGCUGGACUAUGUGAUGGCCAAUUACGGUGCGGCAUGGGACGUCCCGCAGAGGACAUGGGACUGGAAGUCGUCACCCAGCAACGUCCAAGAAAACGGGAUGUGGCCUCUCGCACAGUGGGAGGAGCUUAUUCAAGUGUUUUGACACUCAAUAAAUUGAAAAAA